UUCAACGUAUGUACCUACCUACUGUAUCCGUAUCAAUAUCUUUAAAUAUUUAAAAGCGUUUUAUCCUCUUUCUAGGCCGGUUAUGUGUGUCUUUUUUGUUUUUUUCUAUCAGCUUUUCUAAUUGCUGAGAUCCAGCGUUAUUGUUAUUUUGAAUUCUCUUUUUUAUCAAUUACUCUACUGUGUUCUUUUUUUUCCAAAUUUUAUAUUACAUAUCCCUGAGGCAUCAGACGCGUUUUAUAUGAUAAAAGGUAUAUCUCAACAUGAUUGGCGUUGCCCUGUCAUUUCUGGGCUGGAUUGGUCUCAAUCCAAUCCCAUUGAUUGCUGGUCUCAUUGGAACAACAGAACCAGCCUUAAAACUACUUAUAUCUAUUCUAUUGGGAUACCCACUUGGAAUUAUCUAUAAUGAAAAAAUCAAACAACACAAAGAGUAUAGAAACAUCUAUUUCAUAGUCACGGGUGUUGACCUCGCUAUUUACAAUUUUGGAUUGUCUUUCAUUCACAAUGCUAUACCAGCAAUUGUUAUUUAUCUCACAACUAUGUUCCUUGGUGUUGGAAAAUUAAAUGCUAUAAUAACAUUUUUCUUCAACAUGGCAUAUCUUCUGACUGGUUAUGUUAUGACUGAAUCGGAGGACUAUGAUAUCACUUGGACAAUGCCCCAUUGUGUCUUGACUUUAAAACUCAUUGCCCUGUCUUUUGAUAUGUGGGAUGGUGAAAAGAUGAAACAGGGAGAGGAAUUAUCAUCAAAUAAUAAAAAAACAGCAUUGCCCAAUCCUCCAACCCUAUUGGAACUUCUUGGGUUUGUUUAUUUCCCUGCAUGUUUCUUAGUUGGUCCAAUAUUCUCAUUCAGGAGAUAUCUUGAUUAUAUUUCUGACAAGUUCCCCAUAGAUAAAGAGAGGGAUAACCUAGAAAAGCAAGCACUGAAGAGAUUGCUGCAAGGUCUUGCUUAUUUGAUUGCUUUCCAAGUUGGAGUUACUGUAUUCAACAUUAAAUACAUGAUGUCAGAUGAGUUUUGGGAAACAUCCAUUUUCUAUCGGCAUUUUUACUGCGGACUCUGGGCACAUUUUGCCCUUUACAAAUAUAUAUCUUGCUGGUUACUCACUGAGGCAUCAUGUAUACGCUUUGGACUAUCAUACAAUGGUAUGGAAAAAACUCAAUAUGGCGAUGUAUCCAAGUGGGAUGGCUGUAACAACAUUAAGCUCAUGUGUUUCGAAGGCGCUACCAAGUUUCAGCAUUACAUUGACAGUUUCAACUGCAACACAAACUUCUUUGCUGCAGAAUAUGUGUACAAGAGACUGAAGUUCCUUGGUAACCGUCAUCUCAGUCAAUUUUUCACAUUACUCUUCUUAGCUCUAUGGCAUGGCAUACGUUCAGGCUAUUACAUGACUUUUUUCAAUGAAUUCAUUAUUAUUUUCAUGGAAAAGGAAUUGGAAAGCAUUAUUAGCAAAACAACGUUUUAUGAAAAAAUGUGGAAUUCUAACUUCAAAUAUGUCCUUUAUAUUGUUUUGAAAACGUAUACUAUUGUUUUUAUGGGUUGGAGCUUAGCACCAUUUGAUCUCAAAAUAUUCUGGAAAUGGUGGCGCGUGUACUAUAGCUUAUUCUUUUCUGGUUUCCUCAUAUUUUUACCUUGGCCAUUUGUAUACAAACCACUUAUUAAGAAGUUUGCUAAACCAUACUAUCAGCCAAAAAGUGAUACAAAACCAAAAAUAAAUUAGAACAAUAUGAUAUGGUAUCAUAUUAAAUAUUUAUUUUUUAUUUCUUUUUCUGUUUAUUUUAUAUUAUAUCAUUGUUUAUAUUGCUAUAAGAGGUUAUAUUGGUAUUAUACAUGUAUAAUAAGAAUACAUCAUAAUAAUUAUUAUGUGAGUCAAGCCUCAUGCUAAUAAAACACAAUGCAAUUAUUUAUAUUGUGCCUAACUUUUAAGCACUUCGCAGCUAAAUAUUUUGUUGUUGAUUGAAUCAUUUGCAGGCUGAGUAAAUGUGAUUGCGAAUUGAUAUGUCGGUGAUGUCUUAUACACAAAAAAUUAGUAUGCAUUAUAUAUUUACUGAAGUUAUGAAUCAUUUUAAGAGAAUUUGACAAUAUUGUAGGAGUACGAUAUAUUAUUAUACAAUUAAAAUAUUUUAUAUAUGAUGUCUUAGCAAAUGAAAUACUUGAUUUCAAUCUGUAGACUUAGUGGAAAUUUUGACUUUGAAAUAUGAAUAUUAAAACCAGUAAUGGCAAUAAUUACUGUCAUUGGUAUGACGUCAAUUUAAAGUAAUGUUCUUUUUUCCUACCAAAAUAUGUAUAUCAUAACACAUUAUGUGCGAACUAUAAAUAAUUAAUGUAUAUUUGAAUAAUUUGGGGUGUAUGAACUUACGCCUGGCAAUUAUUUGCUCAAUAGUAUAGAAUAGCGAAUAUUAUAAACAAUGAUAUUGCACUUUAUUUAUACACGUACAUACUUUAGCAACAAAGUGUGGCAUAGUAUUUUCAGUAGUCCUGCAAUGCAUUGCAAUUAAAAUCGAGUUUUUUAAAGUCGUAUUCAUACAUUUUCGGUCCUCAAUAAAUGAAAUCACACUUUUAAGGAGGGGAGGAGGGAGAUUCUUAAACUGUGUGAACCAGUCUAGGAGGAGUAAGGGUUAAAAAAGAACUUAAAAUUCGAGUUACGUAAUUUAUGGAUGGCUCCUUAAUGUCAUUCAUUUUGUUCAGUUAAAUCCAGGCCUACGUUUGAAGAGAAUUUGAUUUUUAUUAUGGACAUUUCGUAUGGUGGAGUUUUACCAACAACAUACUAAAUAUUAAGUGAAAGCGACCUUCGCCAUUCGAAGUACUGACAUGAACGUUAUUUUCAUACCUUUUAGUACGGUUAGCCAACGUAAUUUACUUUCAAAUUAUUCUCGAACUUUGGACCUUAAGUAGUCAUCAAAAGUAUUAUGCGGAAAAUCCUACAUUUUCUUUGUUCACAACAGAUGUGACAAUAUGUGUUAUAGUUUCUAAAUCUAUAGACGUACAAUUCAUGUAGUGAUCUUUAUCAUUGUACAGUAAAGCGGAACCGCAUUUGUUGAAAAUAUAUUUUAAAAAAAAUAUGUAUAUUAAACGUUAAAAAAAUCAUAUUUUAUAAUUGUAUUUAAAUGCAAGUUGAAAAGUUGUAUAUUAAUGUAAUGAACGUGUGCUAAAGAAAUCGAUAUUUGGUAGAAUAUCUAUGUUACAUUCAUUGAUAUCCCUAAUAAAUAUCGAAAUCGUACUUUACGGUAUUGGUAGGUAAAUGUAUUAAUAAAAAUUAAUAGACCCAACCACGCCAAGAUAAUCCAGCUCUUACAAAAAGAAAAAAAAUAUGCACAAAAAUUGUUUGGUAUCUUAGAGUAUAAUUAAAUGUUAACAUGUACCUAGUAGAGGAAACUCUUUCUAAGCGUGUAAGUACAUUGCCUGGCUUUUGGAACUAUUUCAGAACUCGAUGAUUGAAAAUUGUGAGACAAAAAUAAUCGUAGGCGUAGCUAUUAGGAAAUGAGACUAACUUUGGUCGGUUUGUACUUCAAAUUAUGAAGAACUACACUAAAGAUUCUUCAGUAUCAGUAAUUGUAUCUUCAGCAUAUUCCGUAUUAUUUUUUUACCAGAGAAAGUGUACCUGUAAAGUGACUACACGUUAUUGAUGUUAACAUUGUUUUGGCACAUUCAGACGUUCAUAUAAACAGUUAUCAUAAUGUUUUAGCCCACUGAAAAUCAGUCUAUUAAAAUUAGUGGUGGGGGGGGGGGGGGUCGAUAUUGGCUAGUUAAAGAAAUAGAAUUCUAUCCUAAUAAAAUCUAUACUAGCUUGCUAGCUAACUAAUAGCUUAAUAAACUGCUUUGAAAAAAUAGCCUCGUGUAACUCUCCCAUUUAAGACAUGCCAUGCUUUACCGGGUGACCCAUCGACCGAUAUUUGUUUAAUUAUUAAUGUAUGUUGCUUUUUUUGCUGAACUAUAAUUAUCCUUAAUAUAUAUAAUAAAAUAUAAUAUUUACAUUUGAUUUCAUUAAAUCAAAUAGACUUUUAGAAAUCCCUAUUGUCGUAUCAAAUUUUGCCUUUUAUUAUAUUACAGGUUGUUUAAUUGCGACAACCUAGUGCUGGGUGUCGCUUAAGUUGUUUUUAGUUCUUUUGCCAAAAAGUAUCAUUAACAGCCUAUGUUUUACUCUCACACUAGAUACUCCAUAGCCUUUUAAGGAACUUUUUUUUGGGGAAUGUUGUGUAAGGAAUAUAUUUAACGUAAUCUUGUCUUAUAAAACGUAUACCAAACAACAACAAUGCCUAGAUUUAAGAUGAAUAUUGUUUUCAAUAAUUAAAAGUAGAUAAAGUAUUGUAUUGAUUGUCAAAGAAUAGUUAGCUAAUUAGUAAAAUGUGUCUAAAUGAUAGAUGUUUGGUUUUAAACGGUUGUUUAUUAGGAAUAAAGACAUGAAACAA